AUGAUUCUCUAUCCCUUUAGAUUGAACGAACAGGCCAGUGAGGAGAUUUUAAAAGUAGAGCAGAAGUACAAUAAGUUACGCCAGCCAUUCUUCCAGAAGCGGUCAGAACUCAUAGCAAAAAUCCCCAACUUCUGGGUCACAACAUUCGUCAACCAUCCACAAGGUAAAUGCAGAUAUUAUGCUCUUCUUUUACUAGUUUGUGUUCUCGAUGAAUGAAGACUGAUUGUACAUUGUAGGAUUCUGCACACAUUUUUUUUGUCCAUCAUUAUCAGUCUGAUGGUUAAGCUGUUGGUAUACAAACUGCUGCUGUCCAUUGACAAACUUUCUAUGGUUGUAUUCGUGUUGUCAGUUUCAGCCCUUCUUGGUGAGGAGGAUGAGGAGGCACUUCAUUACCUUACCAGGGUGGAGGUGACUGAGUUUGAGGACAUCAAGUCGGGUUACAGAAUAGAUUUUGUGAGUAUUUUAAUCUUAGAAAUUGUGUAUGUUAUAUAAACAAAACAGUGCAUACGUUAACCAGAUUCUUGGUUUAUUUUUCAGUACUUCGAUGAGAACCCGUACUUUGAGAACAAAAUCCUCUCCAAAGAGUUUCACUUGAAUGAAAGUGGGGACCCAUCUUCAAAGUCAACUGAAAUCAAGUGGAAGGCUGGAAAGGUAUGUUUACACACGUGCAACGUAAAAAGUAAAUGGUAAAUUAUUUUUUAUAGACAUUCCAAUUGCUCUCUGUCAUGCUGCAGAAACUCAAAGCAAAAUGUAUUGUGUUGCUGCUCGUGAUUAUUUUGUAUUUUCCUUUGAUCUCAGGACCUGACGAAGCGUGCCAGCCAAACGCCAAACAAAGCGGGUAAGAAGAGGCAACACGAAGAACCAGAGAGCUUCUUUACCUGGUUCACAGAUCACUCCGACGCAGGGGCAGACGAACUAGGAGAGGUCGUCAAGGAUGACAUCUGGCCCAACCCGUUACAGUACUACCUGGUAUGAUUCCACUCUCUAGUUCUUUGUUGACUCCCAUGGUGUCAAAACCUAGUCUUGCUCUGGUAGGCCAGGUAAAGUAUUCACUGUGUUUCUUAGUUAUCCAAAAUAUAUUGGCAUUAGGGCCAUGGGAUUAGACCAAAGGGUGAUCUGUAAAAGGUGAAAUCUGCAAAAAAAAUUCUAAAUGGUGUUCAGGGGAUCAUUUCAGAAAUGUGGUGUAGAGAAUGACCAUAGGGUUGACCACUAUAUCCAGCCACCUAGACAUCUCAACUGGAUGCCUCUAUUCCAAACUGAAGAUCAGCUCAUGCCUGCAUUGUUUUGCUAGUUUGUGCUGUGUUUGGAACUGAUUGAAAUAAUAUAUAUCUCUCAACUCUACCAGGUCCCUGACAUGGAUGAUGAGGAAGGGGAAGGUGAUGAUGAUGAUGACGAAGAGGGUUUGGAAAACAUCGAUGAGGAAGGAGAUGAGGAUGAAGGCGAGGAAGAUGAGGAAGAGGAUGGAGAGGUAUGGUAG